ACGUCAUUUGCGCGCUCCUCCCCCACCUCUCCUCCCACCCCCACGUUAACGGCUCUCGCUCGCUCGCUCUCUCGUUGAUUAAAGCUUCAAACUCGCGUCGGGGCGAUGCGACGGGCAAGCUUGCGGGGAAGGCGUAGCUACGAGCGACGCAUCGAGAGAGCUGCAAACUCUUGGGCUCUACAAACGUUGAAACGCGAAGCCCAAGAAGCCGACGGGGGCCCACACUCUGCCUCAACGAACGCUUCCUAAGCUCCGCUCUCCCCGCGACUCUCCCCCCCCUUCCGCCGCUAACUUAUCGUCGCUUGCCUUCUUCUACGAUUGAGUCACGGCGAUUAAGUGGCUAGAUUGUCCCCUGAGCGGCCUUAUAUUCGUUCAGUUGCGUUCGCUGCUUUCUCCCGAGCCCGCACUAAGCUUAAACUCGGUUCUUUUAGACGAGGCACAAUUCACACAAUUCAUUAUUCCAUUGGUGCGGCCCACAGUGCAGCUGCUCCAUUCCUUGAGCUGCCUUCAUUCACUGCGCCGCUUUCAUCCGCCUACCGUCAUUGUCUUAACUUUUAAGCCACUUCGAGACGCUUUCACAGUAGUUCAUUCACUGCACCAAUCCACACUCCAUCCAUCCAUCGGUUCCUCGUCCAAGCUGUAGUCAAUCCAGCAGUGGAGAGAGACGGAGAAACGAGGGCAUGUCAGCGCCCGUCAUCGCCGUGCCGUUUAAGGUCCUCGCCGGGCAGCUCUCCGCCUGCCCCGGUGCCCGGCCCGACGAGCAGCAGCCCCACGCGUGCGCCGUGACCCGGGACCUUGGAGCAACGGUGACCGGGUUCGAACCCAGACCCGGCUGCUCGCCCUUGCGGGUGUCGUACGUGUGGAUGCAGGGAGACGUCGUGGCCGUGGAGGAGAGCCACGGCGGCUCGGCCCGGAUCUCUGACGGCACCGGGGAGUUCACAGCGCGUGGGUUGGACUCCGUGCCCAGGGGCAGCCCUUGCCUGGCUCCAGGCGAGUACGUGCUGGUGUACGGCGCCGUGGUGUCCUGUGGCCCGGACAUUGUCAUCAAGGCCACCAAGGUGACGGGGCUGACGAGCAACCCGUCCCACAGGGCCAUGUGGAGGGCAGAAGUGGCCGACCUGCAGCAGAACCUCCCCUGAGCGACUAGCAGGAAGCCACGCACCGGUCUCAUCGUCAUCACCACCACCACAAUGCAAUCUGCCCACAAUGCCUAGACAGAUGCCUACCACCCCCCCCCCCUGCCAAAGAAAAUGUCUUGGACACUGUCACCCAGCCCUAAACUGGGGAGUCAAACUUGCAGAGGAAUGGUGCUGGAUGGUUCCACCCCAGUGGAUCAGUUUCUCGCAGGAAGGGACCAGUGGUCUUGACUGCUGAGGGGCUACUCCAUAGUAAAUAGGUGCAGAACCAAUGGACUGAUGAACUAGGUUUGUCAAAAUGCAUUGUUAAUGACCAUCGAUAAAAGCUCGUGUUCUCUUUGUGCGAUAUCAGCAUUUACACAAUUGAGACACGUAGCCUACAGUGACGCCAGUAGUGUAGAUAAGAGAGAUGCAAAAUGGGACCUUUUUUGCCAGUAUAAAGUAUGAACAAAUAAUAGGUGUUACCCUUUCUGACAAUAAAACAGGUGUUAAAAUGUUUAAACGCCAUAAAGAAACCUUUUGCAAGGAAUCAUAUCUGCAUUAACCACAUAUACUUGUGGUGAACAUACAAACAAACAUGCUGUAACAUAUGCAGUCUUUGAAACUGAUUGGCCUACACCAGACAGGCUUCUUUAAGGCGUAGUCGCAACCAGUGUUAGACCAGAGAACGUCAAAAGGCAAACGGUACAAAGCCGUACUCUUUGGUUCUUUCGGUAAAGUCACGUAGGUAUAAAAUAAAUUAAAUCACGUUUUGGGCGCAGCACAAGCGUCCAUCAUCAGGUGGGACAAGCACAGCAAGAAACUUGCUGGAGUGGGCAAAAGGGCUGCCGUGACACGAGUGCCAAGAGGCACAGCAGCCCGUUUGCCCACUUCAAUUGUUUCUUGCUAUGGUUGUCCCACCUGAUGACGGACGCUUGUGUUGCACCCGAAACGUCGUGAUUUAAUUAUUUUAUACCCACGUAACUUUACCGAAAGAACCAAAGAGUAUGGAUCCCUGCAGUCACGAAAACUUCAAAUCUAGAUAGUACAAAGCCAAUACACGUACCAGUCCACAGGCUAUUGAGACACGCAUUCUUCAGACACGAGCACAUUGGUCACGGAGACAUGUCUGCAUUUGAACCGGUGUGUAAACUAUGCAGACAAGAACUAUGGCGUACAGCAGCUUCCAACAAGACAACACAUUUUGACAUCACGUGCCAAAUGCUUUCCUUGAAAUAAAAAGUUGCUUAUUCUUGGGUCUUUCGGUAAAGUCACGUAGGUUCAAAUAAAAUAACAAAAAAGUUACUUCACUACCUCCAACUAACCAUCCUACCAACAGAUUUUCGUGCGAAAACUCACAACGGCAUUCACAAAAACUACUGCGACGCAUUAAAAAGUUUAAAUAAUUGUGGUAUGGCGACCCCCUAAUAAAAACUAAUGAUACCUGCAUACCUAUCAACCCCUGAGUGCCGACGUUAUUACAGACCAAUUCAGACCUUAUUGGUCACCACGUGCUCUUAUAAAUCUCAACGUUCAUCCUAUAAAGUCCCAUCACAAGGCAGGAACACAAAUAGACAAACACAUUUUGCCAGGAUUAAAACGGCUGGACGCCAUAUGGACCUAGAAACUCAAUUUCCCUUACAAGAAUACGGGUAAACCGUUUGGGUUGACAAAUACAAGGUUGCUAAGGUCACAUGACAAGAGAGAUCACGUCUCUAAUCAACACGGUGUAAGCCAAACACGUUUCAUGUCGUGUAUGAUUGUUGCCGCAGUGCAGCGCCGACGUUCCCCGCACGCAUUAAGAUUCCUCCUGCACGGUAUCCAUGAUUCAAGCUCUGCGCCCCCCCCAUGAAAAACUUUUGCACCCUUGGGGGGGGGGGGGGGUUAAGAACCGUUGGGUUAACAUGACGUAGGGCCACAGUAAAAGCCCCAACGUUGCUUUAGCUUCACCACGUGUAACGUGUAAUGGAAUGAAGAUUUAUACUUGGCUUGGACAUAAAGUUUCAACAAUGUCUUUAUAGAUUAUAUGGAAUAAUAUGCCCAUGUCGUAAUAUCCUUGUAAACCAAGUUAAUCUCUUGUAUAUUUUGUUGCAGCUGCUGUAUAGACAUUUACAUUCCACACCAGGUUUUAAUUGAUUGAAUUCAUGCAUAGUUUGUACUGCGUUGCUUUGUUUUAUUAGGUAAACAUCAACAACAUACUCACUCGGGUUCUUGCUUACGUGAACUGUGCCACAAUGCUUAUGCACACAAUCAAUUAUUUACAAACUUUAAACGCCUCCAUAUUGCAGUGUCACUGUCGUUUUAAUGACUGCGCCUGCUAGCACACACGGACAGGACAUCGUUAUCUCAGUAAAAAAAAAUUAAGGGGGUUGUAAAUAUAAAAAUAACGUAUAAAAUACAUUGUAAUGAAACAAAACAUUGUAACAAUUUGCUCCUCCCUCGGCAAUUCAAU